AUGGCCAGCCCCCCCUCAACUCCUCACAAUCGUAAUCCCAGAUCAAAAAAUCCGCGCGAAUCCGCCCGUCGGGAGUCCUCACGUAUUCGAACACCAAGCACUCAACCAGGCUAUGUACCAACUCAACAAGAUUCUCGCCGCUCUCUUGUCAGUCCCGCUCCCGCAUCUGAUCGCCGCCAGGGAUCCAGAAAAGCCUCAAAGAAAAGGAAAGUCACGGUCUCCUCAGAUGAUGAUGCUCCCGAUCCACACAAUCCAAGCCAAAGAGAUACUACAACCCAAAAUCCAUUUUCUGGAACCACACAAGUCGCCAGCCGCACCGGCGAAAUCGUUGUAAUUGACACUGCCCAGGAUUCUGAAGAAGAGAACGGCAAGAAAUCAGCAAGAUCACAGAAGAAAAAGGAUGCGGAUAAAGAUAAAGACGGUUACGAUCAUGUUCGGCUAUACUUUUAUACCCCUGGUAGUGGUCCGAAACAGAUAUUGUUGAGGUCAGCAUUGAAGUAUCGGACAACAAGGACGACCAGGUUGAUCCUGAUGACGCUGAACCCAAACACCAAGACUUGGUCCAUCAAGAAGAGCUUGACACCGAUCAUGAAGAAGUCGAUGAUGCUGAGUUGA